CAUCGCGCUGCAGCGCACCGGAAGGCUGUGAGUGUAACACUGAGUUCCCCAGCAGACAGCUUUGCGGGGCCCAUGUGGAUCUGGCAGACCCGAGCGAAACAGCGGCUUAAAAAUCCCCGAAUCAAGCCGAUCUUUCACGCUAAUGCGAGCUCUUUAGUUCAUCCGUGUGUGUGAACUAGUGAAGAUGCUGAAGGAGGCGUUAGACGGGCAGCUUACAGCGCUUUAUAACGCGGUCGCCGCCUCAGAGCAGGUUCAGGUUGAGCCGGUGGGUCGCUGGUUCGAGGCGUUUCUGAAGCGCAGGACUAGAAAUGUGUCGGCCUCGUUUCAAGAGCUGGAGGAAGAGGAGCAGCUGUCUGAGGAAGAGGAGGAUGAGGAGCUGCAGCUGGAGGAGUAUCCCAUGCUAAAGACACUGGACCCCAAAGACUGGAAGAACCAAGAUCACUACGCUGUUUUAGGUCUCGCACACAUCCGGUACAAAGCAACCCAGAAACAGAUCAAAGCUGCUCAUAAAGCCAUGGUCCUCAAACAUCACCCGGACAAGCGGAAAGCAGCAGGAGAGCAGAUUGUGGAGGGAGAUAAUGAUUAUUUCACUUGCAUAACAAAAGCGAUGGAGAUGCUGUCGGAUCCCGUGAAGCGGAGAGCGUUUGACAGCGUGGAUCCCACGUUUGACAACAUGGUUCCUUCAAAAGCAGAAGGCAAAGAAAACUUCUUCGAGGUGUUUGCGCCGGUGUUUGAGAGGAACAGCAGAUGGUCUGUUCAAAAACACUUCCCGAGUCUGGGAGCCCUGGACGCGUCUUUUGAAGAGGUGGAUCAUUUCUAUUCCUUUUGGUACAACUUUGACUCGUGGAGAGAAUUUUCAUAUUUAGAUGAAGAGGAAAAGGAAAAAGCUGAAUGUCGAGAUGAGAGGAGGUGGAUUGAGAAACAGAACCGAGCCUCUCGAGCUCAGAGGAAGAAGGAAGAGAUGAACAGGAUACGGACACUCGUUGACACGGCCUACAACUGCGACCCGCGAAUAAAGAGAUUCAAAGAGGAGGAGAAAGCCAGGAAAGAGUCGGAGAAGAAGGCCAAAGCCGAGGCGAAGAAACGAGAGCAGGAGGAGAAGGAGCGGGCGCGUCAGGCGGAGGAGGAGGCGGCGCGGAUGCGGAGGGAGAAGGAGGAGGAGGCGGCGCGACAGGUGGCACAGCAGGCCAAGAAAGAGAAAGAAGCCCAGAAGAAAGCCAUCAAGAAAGAGCGGCAGAAGCUCAGGACGACCUGCAAGACUCACAGCUACUUCACAGACAAUGAAGCCGACGGCGUCAGGAUGAUGGAGGAGGUGGAGAAACUCUGCGACCGCUUGGAGCUGACCAGUUUGCAGACGCUGAAUGAAGCUUUGGCCUCUGGGAAUAAAGAGCAGAGUAAAGCAGCUCUGGAGAAACAGGUGCAGGAGGUGAACGUUCAGAUGCAGAAGGAGAAGGAGGUGGAGAUGCAGGCGCAGCAGGUGGUGCGCGGGGCUGAGUACACCAGCGCAGGAGCAGGAGGAGGAGGAGGACUCAAUAACAGAGGCUGGAACGAGGAAGACCUGCAGCUGCUCAUCAAAGCUGUCAACCUGUUUCCCGCCGGAACCAACGCCAGGUGA